GUUGGCGUUUGUUGGCUGUGCUGUGAGGUGCUCCAGAUGAGAAAUCAAUGAGAAGCAGCUCUGGAUGUGUGCUCAUGUAACAUAUGUGCCCACAUUUAACAGCUGGAAACGCAGCAUGGCCAGUGGCCCUGACCUGCUCACACUGCGACAGGAGAAUCGCAGGUUUGACAGGAAAUCAGAAUCAUUCCUCAGGCUCCUCUCUUGGCUCAGCUCAAGGUGAAGUUCACCGUCGAAAUUGGGCUUUACUGUGUUAGAAAUCAUUCCAAGGCACAACCUUAGUCCCUGCUUUUGAAUUUUUCCACAUAAACACCAAUAGGAGGAGAUUGGAGGUGACUGAUUUUGGGGAGGACUUGCCUGCCUUCUGGGUCCUGCCAAAGGGUUCAGCUCUUUCUGCUCUGCUGCUGUUAACUCCACCAGACCAGUGAUUGUCUGUCAAGAGUCUUUGUGCCACAGCUGUGUUCUGGGAUAUGGAGGCAGAUACCACGUGUCUAAGACAGCAGGACUCAGAGAGCAGGGUGAUGUUGAUGGCCAAGAUGAAGAGCAAUGGAGAGGCUCUAAAGAUCAGGAGAACUGAGUUUCCAGCUCUGCCACACAACUCUGGGCUGAUACCUUGGUCUGGAGGAGUCUUGUGUUCUGCAGGCAAUGGCCCCAGGAAGAGAACAUCUGGCUCAGAGGAACACAGAGGCUCCCAGAGCAGACCCUGCUGUGUGGGCAGCCAAGACAAGGCUGGGCUGCAAAGGAUACAGGACACCUGUGCUGGGGCAAAAAGCUGAGCUGCUUUACCCCGGUAAAGAUAUAGCUGCUGCUACUAAAUUUGCCAUAUCUUCUAAAACUGCCAUGAAGACAGGUGACAGAUGAGCUCCUCACAGAGUUAGGGAUCCCUCUCUUGCUGCUCCUUGUAGACAUUUCUCUUUCUUCUUCCCCUCCACACACUUAUAUUUUUGUGGGGUAGGAUGCUAAAUUAGGUAGAAGAAAAUCAUGGUGUGGCUGGGGCAGCAACAUCAGGACAAAGCUCCCACAAAGGGCUGAAACCAGUGCAAUGCUGCCUGCUGGCCUUAAGAGAACAUCCUGACAGCAUCAGGUGAAGGGAGAGAAUGGAGUGGGAAGUGAAAUCCAUGUCUGGCAUGGCCAAGAGCCAGAGAUGGGCCUGACUUGAACUGGGACAAAAUGUUCUGUGACUGUCUGGGGGGUGGUAUAAUCUGGAGCCCUCUGCUCCACUGCAUCCCUGUGAUCUGCCCUCAUGUAUGCUGGAGAAGACAAGAGAAAAGGCACAACUCAACCAGGCUCCAUAUCACCAGAACAAUGAUAAAAUGCUUGUCAGGAACACUUCUCCCAGUGUCGGGCUCAGGAGAGCAGCUUGAGGCUGCAGUCUGCUGUCAUGCUGGGAUAGGGACCAAUUCCAUUCCCUGCUUCCCUGCAGAGUUGUUUGCUCAGGCUCUGCAAGGUGGCAAUUGCUGGAGCUCUGGGGUGUUGCAGCAGCUUGUAAAGGUCAAGACAAAGUCUCUCAGCCCUGUGUUUGGUUUGCUUGUUAUUAGCUGGGCUGCCAGGGCUGCCCUGCACAGGGCACUGGGGCCUCUGUGUAACUCCCAGGGUGAUGUCCUGGCUGUGCAUGGGAGCUGCAUUGCUGUUUGACAGGGCAAAGGCACACAGACAUUUUUUUCAGAGGUACAAAACGCAGCAGCUCUUAAAAACCCCCACAGUCACCCCAAAUCCCUCCUAAGCCCAUAAAGCAAGACUAGAAGAACCCCCAACACAACUGGCAAAUACGGUUAAGCUCCAUUUUUGCCUCACUGCCAGCGCUCAAGUUUAGCACAGCAGUUUCCCACAGCUCCACUCCACUCACAUUGGGAGCAGAGAUAUUGCAGUAAUGGAAGAUGCUCAGGAUAACUGAAGAUAGAAGAAGGUAUGGGGCCAGCUAAGAGUCCUGGAGUUAUCACACAAUUAAAUGAGACUUGUAGCUUAAGCACCUGAAAGUCUUAUCAAAUAUAACCUGCCCAUGAAGGAUUUGCAAUUUAUGUUGAAGUCUCUGAAUAUAACCCUUAAACUUUUUGGGGACGAGCCUGAUGUGCCCACUCUAAGGAUAUCUAAACAUGUCACAUGCCAGCUUUACUCACUGCAUUAUAAUAGCAUUCAACAGGAUUUAAAUUAGCUUCAGCACUCUAAUCGUGUUGCUACUAUAACAGCAGCAAGAUAACUCCCAGGCAUUGGUUAUGUAGCCUCUGAGGGAAAGAGACUUCAGAUGUGUUCAGCAGAAAUGCACCGUGUGAGCCAUGGUUAUAAUUUCAUUAACAGGAUGCUACUCGGCUCCUACUGGGAGUUGGAGGAGAUUAGCAUUAUAAUGGGGAUCAGAGCCUCUCCUUGUGUUUGCACCGAUCUCCAGCCUGCAGGAGAAUGAGCUGUCAGAAGACGUGAUCCUCAGACCUCUAGCCUGGUAUUUGACACAAACUUGAAGCUUCUUAGAAUGUGCUGAGCUCUGCACAGCCUCUGCCUAGAGAGGCAGUGCUGCUGGGGUUUGGGACAUUUGCUGUGCUACAGGCUCUGGCAUCCCAUGCUCCACGAAGGGCUGUUCUCAUCCUCAUGGACCUCCGGCAGCGAGGCCAAACUUAUAGUGAUGGUCAGGGCAGCUGGGGACUGGUUUCAGUGGGACACAGUGGGAUGCUGGGUGGGAGGUGAGGAGCCAAGUACCAGCAUGAUGUACCUGCCAUCGCUCGCUUCCUUGGAACUGCCUGUCCUAUGGCAGGGGUAUGCUUCUCAAAGGCCAGGGCACAUCCCUUGCAGGACAAAUCUUGAUUAAACACUUAGGCACAUCCAGCUAGAUUUGAGCUGCUUACAGAGACAAGAAGCCUAGAAUGACUGCCCAGGUGCCUCCAGCAUCCUGGAAACUUUCAGGUCACCUCCUCCUUCCUAAGCAUGGAGACUGCAGUGUCCAGCUUUGGGGAAGAACAGGUGGGUAUCCAUGCACUGAAAGGUCUGGAUGCUUGCCAAGGAAGACUUACACAUACUGACCUUUAACUCCUUACCUGCUCUGAGACAGGAAAAAGCAGCCCCAGCAUGCCUGAGCUGCAAAAGGCUGACCUUUCCAAGAGCCCCUAACACCUCUUGCUCAGAUUAUUGUGCCAUCUCUGGCUGUGAACAUCAUGUUGAGCACUCAGUGUGCAUCCUGUGGGAAACCCACACAGCAGCUGGAUGCAUUGGCAUCACUGACUGCGCACAUGGGAAAGACAUGCAUAGCCCAUGCUCAGCAGGCAGGAGAACUGGGACAGUCCAGCCAGGGUGGCCCCUUCCCAUAGCCUGACAGCUUCCUACAGCCGAGGUCCCAGCCUUGCCACCAGCCUGGGGACACUGCAGAGAGCAGUGGGAAGAAUAGGCCUAAAUGUCUCCUCUAACAGAACUGCACCAAAACUCACACCCAGCAUGGGUUUCCACAGGUGCAUUUAACCUUUGUAACACAGCAGUAACAGAUACCCACCACACAACUCCAGGCAGAAUGGAAGCAGGAGUUUUCCCAGAGCUUUCAAGCAGUUCCUGAGCAUUUUUAGAGAUCACAGCAGCCCAGUCCCAGCACAGGCCCUGCACCAUGUUUACACACACACAACUUCCAUGGGAGCAGCAGGACCCCAGGAGGGGAUAGGGACCUGUAAGAACAUCAGCAGGGCCAGGGCACAAAGCUCUCUGUACUACUUUGCCUAUUACUUUUUUAAGUAGACCAAGUUUAAACAAGGUUUCUCUGGGAUUUCUCCUGGAACUCCAUUGUUUCUCCAUUGCUACAGCACCAUCUCAAGUCCUUUCAUGUGAAGGAGACCUCUGAGUGAGGCAGUUGGUAUUGCUGAGUAGAUUUCUCACCUUAUCACUUAACUCCCAUGGUUCAUUUUCCUCAGCUCCUUUUAUACAUUUCUGCCCAAAACACAAGAUUUAAUUCAACCUGUCAGGGUCAGACCCAGCAGGUUCACCCCAGCUUGGGACUCUCACUGGGAGUCAUUACCCCAGGAAAGAGCUGCCACCGCCAACUGGAACACCAGGGCUGAGACGUCCUUGGAGGCAUUUUCUGUCUUUCAGCAGUGCUGGACAUGACGUGGUUCUUGAAUUGGUCUUUGCAUUUGAGAUAUUCAACUUUUUUCCCAGCUGCCUCUGCCACUGGCUGCUCUGCAUCUGAUGGAUGGGAACCCAUCACAGCUGAAGUUCCCAGUGCUGAUCUCUCCAGCCUUCCCCUGCUUGGGAGGUGUUUCUUUCGUCUCCCAAAGGAAAUAAUUUUAAAAGCCAAGUUUUAAAAGGAAAGUGAUAAAGCUCAAUUCAACUCCCUUAUUUAUUUGGAAAAAAAAAAUAAUUGACAUAUAAAUGUGCUUGGCAUCUCACAAUUUGUGUGCUCUUGCCCUACCUGUGCAGCUAGGGCUGGAAGUUCAGAGAUAAUGAUGGAGCUCAGCUGUUCUGGGUAUCAUGAUGAAGUUCAGCUGCUCUGAGGCAGAGGGAAAACACCCUGAGAAUUCCCAGCAAACUACUGAGAGCACAUUAUGUGCCUGAUGGCUCUCUCCCUUCUCUACCUUGACUGGUUGGACCCUGCAGUACAGGAGAGGGGAGGCAUGAAGCAGGCAUGGAAAUGUGUCUCGGGGAAAUGGUACAGGACUGGCUGACAAAAUUUGGGUAUCUGCCUCCUCCGGACCCUGUCACGGGGCAGCUGCAGACGCAGGAGGAGCUCACCAAGGCCAUCACUGCCAUGCAGAGGUUCGGGGGGCUUGAGGCCACGGGAGUCCUAGAUGAAGCCACCCUGGAGCUAAUGAAGACCCCUCGCUGUUCUCUGCCCGACCUCACCAUUGAAGCGACCAGGAGGAAGCGAUUUGCCCAGGCUGUCACCAAGUGGAGCAAAAGGAACUUGUCCUGGAGAGUUCGCACCUUCCCAAAAGAGUCCCACUUGGGCCACGACACUGUCCGAGCCCUGAUGUACUAUGCCCUGAAGGUCUGGAGUGACAUCACUCCGCUGAAUUUCCAUGAAGUGGCCGGAAACAAUGCUGACAUCCAGAUAGACUUCUCCAAAGCAGAUCACAAUGAUGGCUAUCCCUUUGACGGGCCUGGUGGGACGGUGGCGCACGCUUUCUUCCCCGGAGACCAUCACACAGCAGGGGACACUCAUUUUGACGAUGAUGAAUAUUGGACCUUCCGAUCAUCAGACACUCACGGGAUGGACCUAUUUGCUGUUGCUGUCCAUGAGUUUGGCCAUGCCAUUGGCUUGACCCACAUCUCUGCCAUAGAGUCUAUCAUGAGACCCUACUACCAAGGUCCAGUGGGAGACCCUCUGAAGUACGACCUGCCUUACGAGGACAAAGUCCGAAUCUGGCAACUCUAUGGAGUCAGGGAAUCUGUGUCCCCCACAGCCAAGCCUGAAGUAAGCAAAACAGGUGAUCAUCCAAUCCUACCAGAGCUGCCAGAGAACCGCUCCACUGUCCCGCUCAGGCGGGACGUGCCCAACAGGUGUAACACACACUUCGAUGCAGUGGCUCAGAUCCGGGGAGAGGCUUUCUUCUUCAAAGGCAAGUACUUCUGGAGACUGACUCGCAAUAAGCACUUGGUCUCCCUCCAGCCGGCUCAGAUUCACCGUUUCUGGCGGGGCUUGCCGCUCAACCUGGAGAGCCUAGAUGCAGUCUACGAGAGAACCAGCGACCACAAGAUUGUCUUCUUCAAAGGAGACAGAUACUGGGUCUUCAAAGAUAACAAUGUGGAAGAAGGGUACCCACGCCCCAUUUCGGACUUUGGCCUGCCCCCGGGAGGAAUCGACGCUGCUUUCUCCUGGGCUCACAAUGACAAGACUUAUUUCUUUAAGGACAAUCUCUACUGGUGCUACGAUGACCAUGAGCGGAGGAUGGAUCCCGGCUAUCCUUCAGAGGCUGUCCCGUGGAAGGGAAUACCCAACCCUUUAGAUGAUGCCAUGAGGUGGUCAGAUGGUGCAAGUUACUUCUUCAAGGGCAAGGAGUACUGGAAGGUGCUGGACAGUGAUCUGGAGGUGCAACCCGGGUACCCACAGUCCAUUGCCAGGGACUGGCUGGUGUGCACUGACAUGCAGGCUGACGCCCCCGAGGCAGCCGGGAGCAGCAGGACUGGGGCGCGCUCCAGGCCAGGACAGCAUGACGAGAGCCGCUCGAAGAACCGUUAUGAGGUCUGCUCCUGCACCUCAGGCACCCCAUCCCCACGCCCUCACCCCAUACCAAGACUGACUGCCAGCUUUGUGCUGGCUGUGUGGACAGCAGCACUGGUCUGUGUGGCCCUCUGACGGAUCAUCUCACCAGCAGGACAACACCAUGGUGCUCCGGGAUACACCUCCGUGAUUGCUAAGUGUUGCAAGCAGAAAAAAAACAUUCCUAAGAACAUGCUAGUGAAGGGUUUGAAUUCUCCAUGAGAAAUGAACAGUGAUUUUGUUUUGGGAUUUUCUUUCUUCUUAAUUUCAGUUUAAAGGUCUAAUAACAGAGUUGAGUUCUGCAUCUUCUUAUUCCCCCAUCCAGUUAAAGAUAAGAGCAGCCUUAUGUUGAAUUCAGAAAUGCUUCUUAGAGAUGUGUUGCUCUGGAUGUUUAAACACAGCAAACAAGGGAGCGGAGAGCUCCCGGGAUGGAGUGGGGACAGAAGAGAUGCUGCUGAGAUAGAUGGCAACAGAAAGGCAGCUGGCAGGAGGUAGUAGUUGUGUGCUGAGAUGAUGUACACAUCCCAUUGGAUGUACACUAGAAGAAACCGUGACUCCACUAAGAUUAACUGCAAGGUGAUCAUUAUUUACUGUCAAGCCUGCUGUAGUCACUGGUGUCUGGGUAACCUGUAUCAGUUUCUAUGGGUCAGAAACACCUUUGCCUUUCAGAAGGUGCUGCAGCUUAUCUUUGUAUACAAGUCAUUGUAAUUUAACAAUUUCUCUAAUAAACCUUGGCCGCCUA